AUGCUCAAUCCUAUAGAACUACAGCUUCUUCCUUCCUGCUUCGAAGCUCUCUCCUGGUCGCCCGACGGUGACCUUGCUGUGGCCGCAGGCGAGCAUGUCCAGAUUUUAACACCCAAAACUGGCUGCUUGAAACCAAACACGCCGGGCAAAGAUGCUUGGGAUAUCACGCGUAUUCGCGUCAAUACCUUCACUAAUGCCGAAUGGGCACCCAUCCCCCCUCAAAAUCGGGAUGAUUUCUCUCUUGGUGCUGAGCAGUCAACAAGUACUGUCAUUGGCCUAGCAUGGUCUCCGGCAGGACUGGCUCGAUUCCGCCGCAGUGUAUUGGCUGUUCUGGGGUCAAACUUGAUCCUGUCGCUGUGGGAACCUAUUGGGCCUAGAGCGAUAUGGACAAGAGUCGCGAUUGUCAAUCAUGCGCUGCAUCCUGACCCCUCGGCUCCCUCGACACUGACUGGCGAACUACUUCGCAAGGCAAAUAUUCGAUCCUUCCAUUGGUGCGAGCCUCUGAAAACUCCAAUACAACCCGAAGAUUCUGACCAGGCAUCGGAACCUGAGAGUCGAUGGGGUAUCCAGUUGAUGUCUGUUACAAAUGAUGCCAACGAGGUCGUUCUGCUACAAAUUAAGAGGAACGCCAACCCCACAUCAUCUACCCGGUCUUAUCACACCGAGAAGUUGACUUCUUAUCAGCUUUCCGGGGAGAAGAACACACCCAAGGUUUGUCCUGGGUCAAUUCUCCAGAAAACCCUUCAACUGAAAUCACGCAUUCUGUCAAUCUCGACCGGGCCAUGGGCCCCUUUGCAUGCAGCAAAGAAAAAUGGCGUCCAUUCGACCUCGGCAAUGAUCGCAGCUGUGUAUGGCAAGCAGCUAUACCCCCUGAAGACGACCAUCACCUUGCGUAGAUCGGACAACGGUACUAAUACUACUGCGGAAUACCAAGUUACGGCUGAUCUGGCAGACCAUUCAUUGGCAAAUUCAUCAUCAAGGUGGGCGUACUGUCAGGUCGAAGGCCCAAUAAAAUGGAUUCACACGAACCAAUCCCCAAAGAUAAAUUUGGUAGUUGGCACCUCCACCGGAUUCCUUACUAUCUCUAUGCCUCGUGCUGUUUAUCAAGGCACCGGGAAGGGCAAAGACCGAUUUGAAUUCUGGCCAACUUCUACAUCAUCAUUUCCCAUUGAAGACGGCGAGCCUCGAAGUGACUGGGAACUCAUCGCAGGCAUGGCCACAUUGACCGACGAGCAAAAUGAUUCAUGUGUGCUUCACCUGGGCACCUCGGCCGCACUAGGAGCUGUCAUUGGAUUGGAGACAACGAUUACAAAGGAAGCUGAAUCCGAUUGCAGUCUGGGCCUGCCACAGUGGAGCAAGGUAAUCAAGAAUAUUCGUGAACAAUAUGAUUUAGACCACGAUCUGCAAGGAUACGCCAUGAAUCGAGUUUGGGGUUUAGCCUCCUACCGUGGUGUCCUUGCAGUUCUUGUUACUCGCCACCCGACAAAUAUGAUUCAAUACAAAGUCGCAUCCGACGAGAGGGCCGUUGUCGGGUUUGCAUUCGAGGGUACCGAGGAAUCCCCAGAUCUCGAGUCGCUCUUCUCGCCAGUUCCCGAUCACAAUGAACAAUCCGAAGGAAGUGGAAGAAAGAAGCCUGUCACUUUCUUGCUUUCGCGGUGCGACAAGGAUGAUGAAAUCAACACCGAGGAUCAAAGACUCAUCUACGCUGCCGCAUGCUGUAGUAUCGUGGAUAAACGCCUUGCGUCGACUCGCCCUCAAGCUCAAAGGGCCCUGGAACGUUUAGCAGUAAAGACGGGUGCCGAUUUGAGCGAGGAAAUAUCAAAUUGUACGAAUGGUGCCUCCACAAUAUCGAGCAAAUCGCCAGACCAGCUCUCCCAAGCAGGGGGUCACUUAUUUGAGAAGUGCGAUAUUUGCGAAGCAGGUAUUCCUUGGGCCUCAACCACAGAGGCCCAAUGCGAAAGUGGCCAUCUUUUUGUACGCUGUGGACUUACGUCCCUGGCCAUUCAAGAGCCUGGCAUCUCCAAAUACUGUUCUACUUGCCAGAUAGAGUUUCUGGAUGAAGAAUUGAUUGCUCGCCUGCGUGAUGAAGCGAUAAGUCCCGUCUUCAUGGGUGUCGCCAGGGCUUUCGAUACUUGUCCCUCCUGCAACUCCAAAUUCAAGUGCAGCAACCUCACUUAA